UGUGCCGGAAGGAAAAUGGCGGCGCCGGUUCUCGGCGGGGUGAUGGUUUCGAUGCGUUUCAACCCGGGCUGGAACGGCUCCUCGGUGAACGUGCUGCACGUUCUGGCUGCGGGGCGCAGCGAUUCCCUUCACUACGUGUGGAGCAGCAUCGGGGCCCCCGCGGUGCUGCUGGCGGCCACGAGCGGCACCGGCGGCGACCUGAGCAUCGACUGGGGCCGCCUGUUGUCGGCGGAGCCCGACGGAGCCGUGAGGAUCCAACCGCCCGGCAGCGUCGUGUCCGCGGCGGCCGUUGUGUUCACACGGCUGUUUGAAUACAACGAGGUCAGUGAGUCACAGCGGAUCUUCUACCCCACCUACGACCUGUCGGAUUUCUCCUGGGACAACAUCAACCGCACCCUGAACCACACGGCGCUGACGGCCGAACUACGGGGCGUCCCCAACUCCGACCCCAGCGGCAGCUUCUCCAACGGCAGCCUGGCCUUCAGGGUUACAGCCUAUGAGAGCAGUGGUCGCGAUGGGUCCCUGCCCGGGCUCCUGCACUCGGCCAACAGCUCCAAGGUGGAGUUUGUGCUGUCGGGGUUGGUCCCACGAGGCAACGACUCGCGCUUUGUGCUGGAGGUGGCCGUGGUGCAGCAGAGCGGAGCAGCGUCCAGGCUGCGCUCAGUGCGCUCCAUCGACGACGAGUUCACCCCCACCAUCUUCCAGACGCUCUCUGUGCUGUUGGAGUCGCAGCGGGACGGCUCCGCUCUCAGCUUCCUGCAGUGGAAGCCGACGGCUUAUGGCUCAAAGCACCCGACCCGCGGUGACGGCAUCCAGUGCCGCGCUGGGGAGCUGCGAGCUGCCAACGGGAGCCGGCCCCGCGCCGCCAUCGUGCAGGGCUACUUUGGGGACGGAGCGGGCGGCACCUACAGCAUCAGCAGCAUCAACGUGUCCUUCGGUGGCACCGACGGCCGCCGUUACCAGGAGCAGCGCUACCUCAGCUGGUCCGCACUGCUGGGCUUUGGGCUGCCACCCGAGGACACUUUUUCUCCCCUCAUCAUCUCCAUCGCGGCUGCAGCUCUGGGUGCUCCGCUGCUGCUGCUGCUGCUGGGCUCUGCUGUGCUGCUCUGUGCCCACAGGAGACAAUACAGCGAGUACGAGCCCAUCAACUGAGCGCUGCUGCUCCAACACGGAGCGUUCCUGGCUGCUGCGGGGAGCACAGCGCUGCCCCAACCCAGCAUGGGGUGCAGGGUGAGGGGGGCAGCGGGGCCUCCCCUGUUCCCCUGUGCUGCUGUGCCGUGUUCCAUCCUGCUGCCCACACUGGGGCUGAGCUCCCUGUGCUUCCUUCCUUUCUGAUACACGCUGCCAGCAGGGCAGCGGCUCCAGGGAUCCCCGUCACCUCCCAUGGGAGGGCACCCCGUGCUGCUCUGCCCCACUGCAGGCUGCUGCUGUGAGGGGGAGCUCAGCCCCACACUGCGGCCGUUACAGCUCAGGUCCUGGCAGAGCCAAAAGGAGAGUCCGGCUGAGAGCUGCAGCUGCUGCCCUUUGUGUGCAGUGCUGCUCGGUGGAGCUGCUGCCGCGUUUCCGUGUCCUCAACCACCGACUCCUCUUUGACCAAAUAAAAGGGAUUUUUAUGA